AUGAGUUUUCAUGUUGUGCCUCGAGACUGUCGCCUCCCUGAGCUCGCCAGUUCCAUAGGCGCGAAGCCACGGGAUUUAUGGCUUCCACUACGAGCCUUCGCGAGUUCUCGUAGUCGAAUAACUACCCCUAUCCGGAUCUCAGAUUCAACCCCGAUUGUUCUGCACCACAAGGAGUCCGGCAACUUAACAUGCAAUCGCCGCGAAAUCUUGUUCCACCUCAAUUUCUUUAAUAUAAAUAAUGUUGGCGGUCUGUCGCUGGCGCCUUCCGACAUCCCGGAAAGGUAUGAACUCUUCGUUCGGUGGGAUAAGCCUGCCGGUAACAAACUGAUCUCAUCCAACACGACGGUGCUGCAUCGCGCGAUCCCGGAAAGCAUGACAAUUGCGGAAGGUUCCGCGAUUUCCAGCGGCUCGGCGCGGGUGGCGAGCUCGAAACGCACCCGCUCUUCCACCCACGAGACGAUCGAUCAGAGCAGCCUCACGCAAAUCCUCGAUGGGGGAUCCGAGCGCUCCUCCUUGCGAGUCCGCGCCGCGGACGAUCUCGACCGUCGCCUUCAAAAAGUCCUCCAGGAACGCGGGCACGAUGGCGGGCAAUCCCACGCGAUCAUGCGCUACGUGCGGGAUAAAAUCACCCAACAGCACGCCCACUCACCGCCCCUGCAUCUCCUUCUCGCGGCUGCGAAUUCGUCCGGGGAUUCCAAAGGAGCCUUAUCGCGGGCGAGAGAUCACGCGUCGCGUUCGAUUCAGACCGCGGACGGCCUCGUUUGGUGGCGGCCGGAUCCUCGCAUCCUCUACCGCGUGUUUCGAAGCCACGCCUCGACGGAGCGCGCGGAGACGAGUCAGCACGGGGAUGCCUCCCGACAGCUCGCGAUUUUUUUCAUCGAUGACGUGGUGCUCCCCGCGAGGCUGCGGGCUCGGAAAGUCCUCGAACCCACGAUACGACAACGCGCCCGCGAGGAUGCUGACGCGGCCCCCACCACGGAGGAUUCAAGCUCGCCCCAAGAAGAUCUUCGCGUGGAGGCUCACCUCAGCGCAGUCGCUCAAAAGAUCAAAGCCUAUGCCGAUCGUGGCUACCGCGUGCUUCUUCUAGACCACUAUCCCUAUCUCCAUCACGGGAAUGCGACUCAUCUCGAGCUGACGUUGCGCCCGAUAAGUGAUUUCUGGUCGAAGUACCUUUCCGUGCGCGAUGGCGCCGAAGGUGGGUGCACGAUAACGGUGAUAUUGUCGGUGAUGUCUUAUAUCACCGCCCAUCAGGGAUCCAGCCACACGGCGGCGUCCUUUGUGAUUCCAAAUACGGGGAUUAUGAGCUAUUUCGUAGCCAACCUCAACACCUCGUUGCAGCCGGAUACGACCACGUCCUUGGUCGUCGGAUGUAGCAAUCGAAGCUCACCUUUAUUGAAUGGGUUUCAUAAGGAGUUUGCCGAUGCUCUCUCCCUUAACUAUGUAGACGUAGCCUCCUUGUUGAGCGACUAA